GGUUCCUUCCGGCGUGUGGAUGUCGGUGCGCAAGCGUGAUCGCCCACCAAGGCUUGUGAGUUCGCGACCCGGGCAGAGGUGCUGAGCUUCCUGGGGCAGGGCGCUGUGCGUAGUUCCGCAUUUUGCCUGAGAGGUGGGCUCCAAUUCUGUUGUCAUCCCCUCUGAAGCUUGUUUGCUGGGACUGCGAGAUUCUGCCCCUUGUCGUUGCGGAGCAUCGUGAAGGGCAGGGUCCCACCCCUUAGCCCUGUGGGGCCUCGUCAUUCCCGAGAGAUCAUCCUCUGAAAGUACCAUGGGCCUGGCGAACCCACUCAUGUUCCAGCCAGCAAGAAAAACAGAAAGAGGACCAGGAGGGACCAGUAAUUCCUUCUAAAGACAGGACCCACAUCACUUCAUCUUGCAUCCUGUUGGUGGAAUGCCCUGGAAGGACGACCGGGUCAUAAUGAAGGUUCUUUUACUGAAAGACGCAAAGGAGGAUGACUGUGGCCAGGAUCCGUACAUCAAGGAAUUAGGGUUGUAUGGUCUUGAAGCCACAUUGAUCCCUGUGUUAUCGUUUGAGUUUCAGUCUCUCUCCAAUUUCUUUGAGAAGCUGUCUCAUCCAGAAGAUUAUGGGGGACUCAUUUUUACCAGCCCCAGAGCAGUGGAAGCAGUGGAGCUGUGUUUGGAGAAAGACAAUAAAACUGAAGGCUGGGAAAAGACUCUGAAAGAAAAAUGGAACACUAAGUCAGUGUAUGUGGUUGGAAAGGCUACCGCUUCUCUAGUUAAUAAAAUUGGCCUGAAUUUUGAAGGAGAAAACUGUGGAAAUGCAGAAAAGCUUGCAGAAUACAUUUGUUCCAGGAUCGAAUUCGGGUCCUGUGCUUGCGCAGCAGGUGGAGAAACCACUGAGCUAAAUCCCAGGCCUACUGUUAGGUCCUAGAGCCUCCGUUUACAGACAAGAAAGAUUGGACCUGGAAGAAUCAAUGACACACAUAGUGUGAAGUGAGGUGGAGCCAGGUUGGAGCAGCACUGACUCAGAACUGCAGGUGUCAGCCUAAAGGGUAAGUUGAGGCACAAUGAGUGUGAGAACAAAGAGUUCAUCUGAGCCAAAAUGCAGGUGGCCUCCUAGGGAGAAAACACAAAUUCUAGUUGCCCAGAAUAAGUGCUCCUGAAAUGGCAGCAGAGGGUCAAGGUUUUUAUAGAUUGAAAAAAAGAAAGCCACAGCAAAGCUGUUGUUACAGGGAAAUUGGUCAGUAAGAAUGGCCCUGGAUGUUGAUUGGUUGAUGCAAAUGGCAAUGGACAUUGAUUGGUCCAUAAGUCUGGCACUGGAUGUUGGUUGGUUGAUGAGAAUAGCACCAGCGGAUAAUUGGUCAUAAGGUCAUACAUUCUAGGUAAGAAUUGUGCUAUGCCCAAAGAGGUUUUUACUGGGUUUUGGGAUUUACUGGGUUAUUUGUAAUCUUUAUGGCAUCAGACAGUCUGCAGUAACAUGACUUGCCCUAGGUAACUGCUCUCUCAUGCUUCAUGUCAUCGCCCCUCCCAAAAGUUUGUGACUUCCUUCUUGUGACAUUUUAAAUCCUUUCUCACCAGAGAGUUAGUUAGUUAAGGGACUGGUCACACGGAAGCACCAGAAUCCAUCCUCAUUUAGUGGGGCCCUCUCGGGCCAUAGGCACAUGGGGCUCCCCAGGGCUUCGGGUUGAAGGCAGGAACACACUCCCCAGGUCCAGUCUUUGCAUCAGCAUGGGGCCAACUGCACAGUAUGGUUUAGAAAAUAACUUGUUUAGGGUACAAAACAGUAAUGAGUUUCUCAGGCCUGUGAUCUCUGUCCUGGUCUAUUUGUGCAGCUGUGACAAAAUACCUUACAGUGGGUAAUUUAUAAAUAAUAGAAAUUUAUGUUGUCACAGUUCUAGGCGCCAGUAGGUUCAGUGUCUGAUAAAGGCCUGACUUCUUCUUCCAAGAUGGCCUUGAACGCUGUGUCCUUACAUGUAGAAAGGACAGAAGGGCAAGGGGAUGGACACUCUCUGAAGCCUCCUUAAAGGGCAUCAGUCAUCCUCGUCGUCUGCUAGAGGCCCCACCUCUUAUUACUGGCAUCACCAUGAGGUGUCUGGAUGAGCUUUGGAGGGACACAAGCACUGAAACCAUAACAGCGUCUGGGAGGGGUCAUCUUAUCCCCCUGGGAUGGCUGUGGUGCAAACUGUAAGAUCUCACUUUCAGAAGCCCAGUCUUGGCCCAACAAGCAGAACAGCCAGAGCUGCCUGGCUCCCUCUUUUCUACCAGUCCGAACACACGUUGUGGAUUUUCCAGCUCCUGGGGAGCACUGCUGUCUCAGGUCACAGUGGGGGCCACUGCCACAUCGGAGUGGGGACAAGCCCUGGCUCUAGGGCCCAAUCAGGAAUGGAUCCCCUGGGACUUAGUCUAGGACGGUGCCCUCCCCAGGAAGCCCAUUGUCCUGGGACCCGGAGCAGUCAGAACAACACAGAAGGUGGAGGGUGCCCCAGAGUAGGAAGCCCCACCGAGACCACCUCAGACCUCGAAGAACGCCCAGAUGUCUACACACCAGCUAGUCCUAUCACUCUCCGCUGCAAAGUUCCAUGGAAAUCUAGAAUAAAUCCACACUCUUUCUCUGAAGUACCGUUCUUCCCUGUCCUCCAGCCUCAGCUUUCUCUUCCCUCCUCCCCUCCCAGCUCCCUCUCCAUCGCUCACCUCCAGCUACACUGUCUCCCUUCACCUGGGUGGCAGAACUGCUCAGCCGGUUCCUGCCACAGAGCCCCUGCACUUCCCUUUUGUCCAAAAUGCAACCCCUCAGGCCAGACCACACACAGAUCCCUCUUGUCUUUCUGAUUGCUCAGAUUUCAUCUUCCCAAGAUGCCUUCUUCCCCCUUCCUAAUGUCGCACCCUCCCCAUGGCAACCACUCUUUAUUCGGUUUUGGUAUAGUCAUAGCACCUGUCACUCUCUCAAUUUUUAAUUUCACUUUGUUGUCUGUCUCUCUCAAGUAGGAUACAAACUGCAUGAGGCCAGGGACUGUGUCUCACAUUUAGUUCUGUAUUUCUUGUCCCCAGCACUGUAGUACUUAGUGAAUGAGUGAGUAACUAAAGCAAGGCCCCACAUAGCCACAUCCUUGCUCUUUUCAGACCUUUGACAUGAAAUUCCAGGCUCUUGUCUGCAAAGUCACAGCACCUACAGGACCUUCAUCCUCUUUCCUCUCCCUGGACACACUGGGCAGAAAUCCCUUCAGUGGAGCUGGAACCCUGGCGAGCCUCUGCCCCGUCUUCUGCCCUAUCCCUACUCCUCAGGCUCCCGACAAGGGGCCACUGAAGGUGGCUUCGAUGGGAUCUAAGUCAGACACAGGAAGCUGAUAGGAAGGACCUAAGCAGGAUAGAAGACAUAAAGAUAGGUAGAAAGGGCCGGGGAUUUAGCUCAGUGGUUCUGCCGCCUGCCUUGCAAGCGGAAGGACCCGAGUUCGAUCCCUGGUACCAAAAAAACAAAACAAAACAAGAUAGGUAGAAAGGAGACAAGGAAAUUGCAAUUUUAAAAUUGUACUUUUACAAAACCACAGCUUCAAAACACCAAGUUCAAGGUUAAACGUCUUCUUCAUUCUUAGACCUGUUUUGUUUUGCUUUUUUCCUUUCUUCCAGGCGUAUCACUCUCAAGUGCUGAAGUAUUAAGUAUUACACUGGGCCUGGUUUUCCCAAUACUGUAGGUUCACAGAUUCCACAGGCAUCCACACUGAAGGCAAUAGCACUGUUAGUGGGUAGCAUAUCUCUAAUCUCCAAGCACGUGCAGUUUGCAUUUUAAUCUACCUGCAAUGGGCAGCUUGACAGACACUAGGAAUUCACACCCCAGAUGAUCCAUCAUGACCAUGCAAAUAUCCCUAGCUUCAGACCAUAAUGUGCUUCAUCCCUGCACUCCUGAGUGUGUGCUUGUUUGAUUCUGCUUAAUAAAUCUACCUGUGCCCCUCACAGACAGGUCCUGAAACACUUUUCUUGACAAGAGUCGAGGAACCUACUGGUUUUUUUUUUGUACCGGGGAUCAAACUUGGGUCCUUGUGCUUAAA